CCGGCUCGGCUGCCACGUCUUCCACUCUUUUUCAACGCCCUCCUCGUUCUCGCGCUCAUCUUGACGGCACCCGCGCCGCGCCAGCUUUAUAAACGCAGCCCCGUCCACCUCCAGAUCACCCACAAGUAGUCCAGUCCACAGCACUAGGCAAGCCCAGAGGAUCGGAGAAGCCAUGGGCGACAUCGCCGCCGCCGCCGCCGCCUGCGACGCCCCGGCCCCGCGGAUGACCAAGGAGAACAACCUCUUCAUGCAGAUCGCCGUCCACCCGGACGGCACCGUCACGCGCCCCGAGGUCCCGCUCCUCCCGCCCUCCGCCGUGUGCCGCGACGUGCCGCUCGACGCCUCGCUCGGCACGCACCUCCGCCUGUUCCUCCCGGACCCCGCCCCCGCCAGCAGGCUCCCCGUCGUGCUCUUCUUCCACGGCGGCGGCUUCGUCCUCUUCUCCCCCGCCACCGCCUUCUACCACGCCCACUGCGAGGCCAUGGCCGCCGCGGUGCCCUGCCUCGUCGCGUCCCUCGAGUACCGCCUCGCGCCCGACCGCCGCUUGCCCGCCGCCUACGAGGACGCCGCGUCCGCCGUGGCGUGGCUCCGCGGCGCCGCGCCCGCGGACCCCUGGGUCGCCGCGCACGGGGACCUCUCCCGCUGCUACGUCAUGGGCAGCAGCUCGGGCGGGAACAUGGCCUUCUUCGCGGGGCUCCGGACCAGGGCCCUCGACCUCUCCCCCGCCGCCGUACGCGGGCUCCUGCUCCACCAGCCCUACCUCGGCGGCGUCGACCGCACGCCCUCCGAGGCCCGCUCCGAGGACGACGACGUGCUGCCGCUGGAGGCCAACGACAAGCUCUGGAGCCUCGCGCUGCCGGAGGGCGCCGACCGGGACCACGAGUUCUGCAACCCGGCCAAAGCCAUGGCGCCGGAGGCCCUCGCCGGCCUGCCGCGCUGCCUGGUGACCGGGAACCGCGGCGACCCGCUGAUCGACAGGCAGCGGGAGUUCGCGCGGUGGCUGCGGGACCAGGGCGGCGUGGAGGUCGUCGACAAGACGGACCACGCGGGGUCCCACGCCGCGGAGCUCUUCGUGCCGGAGAGCGCCGAGGAGCUCUUCGCCGCCAUGCGCGAGUUCGUGUCCGCCGACGGCGCGUGACGGCGUUGACCUGGCGGCUCCGUUUCCGUUGGACUCGUGUGUGACUGUUGGAUUGAUCCGAGUGUGCUGGGGUGGAGUUGUCCUCCAAGUGAUUGCUGCCUUUCAUGGAUCGGGUCGUGUCGCGCAGGAGAGAUCAUGUCAUUACUUGUGUCUUACCUGUAAACAGAGAGGGCAGAUGCUUAUGGUUAUGGAUACUACUGAAUUUCUGGUUUAUUAGUAGGUCUUGCAAAGCAAGAUCUCAACUUGUGGUCAGGACUGCAA